CUCUGUGAGGGGAAUUCAGGGUUUUAAUUAUUCAAAUCUCGAAGCGUUGUAAUUAUCCCGAAAAAAUAUACAAUGAAACCCUUAUAAAAAGAAUAGUGAAAACGUACACAGACAGUUGAAAAAUUGGAACUUGAAACAAACGAAAAGAGAGAGGCGUACAAGAUUUACACCAAAUUCAGAUUCAUUUGCAACCACGGUGGCCAUCGCCAGCAACGCCCAUGGCGACGCCGGAACCGGAACCCUCCUCCGACCACCGCAUCGGCUCUCUUCCGCUCGUCGACCUCCGCCUCCUCUCUCAACCCGAACUCUACACCCUCUCCCUCUCCGGCGCCACUCACCGCCACCGCCGUAACAGCGACGAUGACUCCGUGAUUCCCAAAAUCGACCGUUCCAAUUUCAACGAAUCCGCCGGCAGCCGCAAACAGACCUACUCCAAACUCCGCCUCAACAAGCGCAAACAAAAUCCCGCGGUUCCCGCCUCCUCCUCCUUCCACAUUCCCCUCCACAUUUCGGAGCCUGAGGAGGAAGAAAACUCCCGAAUUAUCGCUCUGCUGCACCAACUCUUCGGCGUCGAGCCUCUCCGCAACAACGCGCCGCGCAACAACGAUGCGCCUGAACGCCGCCUCGUUCCCGUCCAUGUCGAGUUCAAACAGCCGCCUCCGACAUCCGUGGCGUUGUUCCAGAACGUUCCGAUUGACGUUGUCCCGGACGGCAGUCAGAGGAAGCGGAAGCGCGGGCGGCCGCGGAAGGACGAGAAUUCGGUGACGGUUUUUGUUGAGGAACCGACGAAGGUUACCAAGGAGGAGAAUUCUCUGACGGUUUUCGUUGAGGAACCGAAGAAGGUUACCAAUGAGGAGAAAUCUGUGAAGGUUAACGGUAACGGCGAGGGGAACGCGGCGGUGGCGACGGCGACUGUUAACGAGAGUGUUGGUUUGGAUGAGGAUCUGUUUGAGGUGGAGUUAAAGAGGAGGGCGCAAGGGUUGGAGACGGAGUCGCAAGUGAUGGAAUUUUUGGAGACUUUGAAUGGAGAAUGGGCGAGUCAGAGAAAGAAGAGGAGGAUUGUGCCGGCCACUGAACUUGGUGACAUGUUGCCUGCGGGAUGGAAGAUCGUGAUUAUUGUUAUGAGGAGGGCAGGGCGUGCUUCCGCUGUUUGUCGCCGUUACGUAAGUCCUGAUGGACACCAGUUUGAAUCGUGCAAAGAAGCUUCUGCAUACUUGCUUUCUGUUUCUGGUGUUCAGGAUAGAAGCCAUUUAAAAUCUAGUUAUACUGAUGGUGCUCAGCAAUUGUCCAGUAGUAUGAACAGGGCAUCUGAAAGUAGUGUUGGACAUGUCCCCACUGGAGACAUGAAGACUGUUGCCAAUGCAAGUUAUUUGUCUUCAGCUGGUGCACCUAUAGACUCUAGUCAUGAGAAGCAGCCCCUCGUAUCAUCAUCAAUUGGGAGUGAAAAUUUCAUUAGUGAUCUGGCUUUGGGAUGUAAAUUAGGAGAUGCUACUGGUGGAGCCUUUAGAGACUUUGACCAUCAAACUGAAGAUAAACAACUAUCGAAGGCUGAUAAGAAUGAUGAAAAUUCAGUUCAGGAAUGUUCUCUUGUGGAGGAUAGAGCUUGUAAUGAAAACAGUGAGAAGUUGGUUGGUGUUGUUGAGUCUAGUGAUGCUGCAUGUAAUCUUUAUAUUCCUUUGGUUUUCUCAACUCCUUUCUCCAAUAAUAAUAGUGACAAUGGUCAACUUUCAGAUGAAAUAAAUGCUUCCACAUGCAUGAAAGGUGGCGUUAGCAAUUUUGCUAGUCACGAUAGAAAUACUGGAUGCCAUGAAACUGUUUCUUGUGGAAAUGUGCGAGCACAUGUUGGCAACAAUGGACUUGGGCUUUCUGUGAAAUUAGUGGAAGAGAACAUUCAGAAACCAAGUUUUGAAAGCAGCAUGCUGGCUCCAAAUUCCGAGGGGAAAAUACUUGCUGGUAAAAAUUUAGAGGAUACAAAUCAUAUCAGUUCACUGGAGGAUACGGAGAUUAGAGAUGGAAAGGCCGUUAAGGAUGACAAACAACAAAUUAUUUGUAGCAGAGACCAGACUGAAAUUAAAGAUGUUUCUACUGAUGUUAAACUGCAGCGUAGUUCUGAGGGUUGUUCACUUGUCUCAUCUCAUAAUGAACUUAAUACAUCUAAAAAUAAUAUGGACAAGACACAGACUUCCGAGCUGAAGGACUCUGCUGAGGAAAAUAUUUUUGAUAGUGAUUUAUUUAGCUCAUCUAUUGAUGAAAGAACACAUGUUCACAGUGGCUACAUUAGUAAUGUUUCUUUUAGCUCUUGCACACAUGCAUCCGAGUAUGGUGGAUUUGAUUUUGCUUCUGAUCUUAAACUAGCUAAGGAUGUUAGUGAUAAUCAUAUUCUUUCAAACGAGGAAGCUGUGACAAGGUGUUUACAGGAAAGGAGUUCCUUGAAUGACCAAAAUAGCAUGAUGGACAAUAUGUUGCACAGAAGUUCUGAAAGUAACUUAUUUGCUCUAACUGGUAAUCAGCACUCUUGUACUUUUCAUGAUAAUGUAAAUAUCUCUGAUGGAACCUUUGAUGCACUCAAAGCUGUUGAUGCUGGUUGCAUGGAGCCUCAGUUGGGCAUUGUUUCUUGCAGCAAUAUUGCUGUAGAUGCAUAUACUACUGCAAGCAUUAUGCAGGGAAAACCACAAGGAUGUGUAUCUGUUCCUCUUGGUGGAAAUAUAUUAAACUUUGAGAAGCCAAGUGAUGAUGGUGUUAAUAAAGCAAAUAAAUCCUGCUUACCAGAGACAGCUCAGAAUGAAGUUGAAAUAUUCCAAACUGAAUCUAUGGGUCUGCCCAAAUUUCGGUAGCAGUUAGAUUCAGAUGCAGAUGUGGUGACAUGCAGUGCAGGAAGCAAUUUCUUAAUAAAACUUGUAUUAUAGAUCUGCAGAGUGUGCUGGUAACCACAAGGCUCUGCUUGUAUAUUCUCAAUUUCCUAUUGAAGAUGAUAUGCUAGAAAAGAUAAUUGCGAUGGCAGCAUUUUUUGUUGUUGAUAGAUUCAGCUGGUGGUGCUGGUGGCUUCUCCGUUCCAGAGGUUAUUUAGGGGUUCGGGUGUGAUGCUUUUGCUUGCUUCUUGCCAAAGCUCGGAUACCAUUUUUAUUUUGCAAGGAACAAAUUUUCCUUAGGUCCAUUUUAGCUCAAAAACAUAUUUUUUUUAACAACUGGUAGACUGGUAUACUGAAAUCGAAUUUUAGGUAGGCCAUCCUUCAAAUGAAGGAACUAGUUUUUCCCCUAUUUUUUGAAAGAGAAAUACCAAAAUUAUCUGGUGAUUUUCGUCUUUCACAUGUGGAUCGCUCUUUGCAUAACCAUUAUUAUUGAUACUGUUAUGGGCUUCCUAUCCAAUGGAUACUGCCUUCUUUAUUUUUCA